AUGCUGUGGAAGAAGAUGUUUGGCAAAAGCGUGGCGCCGGCCUCCCGGCUGGUUGCCCUGCGGCCGUUCCACUCUACCGCCGCGCGAUCCAACGACUGGUUCGGCAGCAUGACAGAAAACAAGGAGUCCAUCAAGCAGGAUCUGGACAAGGCGACGGCAAACAAGAGAUCCAAGGAGGUCGAGCAGAACGCCGACGAGACCAAGGGCAAGCUGCCAUCGUUCAAAAACGACACCAAGCUGCAGGAGUACAUUGCCGAGCAAAAGGGCGAGGCGGAGGUGGGUAUUGCAAAGUACGGCACCGCCCUCAAGCAGCGGCUGUGGGACGCCUACCAGAGCCAGCACAAGGGCUACGACAAGACCAAAAAGGUGUCUGUCGACGGCCGGGAGUACCAGAUGGUGCUGUCGCCCAACGAGAUCAAGGCGUUCGAGCCCUCUGUCUACUGCAAGUCGUACCGAAUCGACGGCACCUGGAAGAAGGCCCAGCUGCUGCUGCGAAUGCUGCGUAAGAUGAACGUGCGUGAGGCCAUCACUCAGUGCCAGUUUUCUGCCAAGCGAAUGGGCCGACCCGUUGCUGAGCUGCUCCAGCGAGGAGUCAGCGCCGCCAAGGACAUGAACAUUGACCCCGAGACUCUGUACAUUGACGAGAUCUGGGUCGGCUCGGACCCCCGAAAGUUCCGGUUCGUGGACCCGAAGGGCCGAGGACGAGCCGGCAUGAAACACGCCGAGUACAUCCACAUCCGGGCUAUUCUGCGAACCCCCGUGACCCAGCAGCGAGAGGCCCGUGACAAGGAGUACAAGCGCCUGGCCAAGAAGCCCGUGUUCCAGCACGAGACCCGAAAGGUGGGAGAUGGGUACCUCAAGUCUGACUACCGAUGGUAA